AUGGCUAAUGUAGAAGUAUUCAAAUCGAAAAUCACUGUAUAUGUGGUUGCUUGUUGGAUUGUCGCAGCUUUUGGAGGCCUAAUGUUUGGUUAUGAUAUUGGAAUUUCAGGUGGCGUGACUGCGAUGGAUGAUUUCUUAAUAAAAUUCUUUCCAAAAGUUCACGAGAGGAAACUUCAUGCAAAGGAAGACAAUUACUGCAAAUAUGAUGAUCAGUUGCUUCAGCUAUUCACAUCAUCACUGUACCUUGCUGCUUUGGUUGCAAGCUUUGGUGCAUCAAAGGCAUGUCGUAUAUUUGGUCGCAAGCCCACAAUUCUAGUAGCAUCCCUAUUUUUCAUUGGAGGAGCUGGGUUCAGUGCUCUUGCUGAGCACAAAUGGAUGCUCAUUCUUGGCAGGAUUCUUUUUGGCAUUGGAGUUGGAUUUGGCAAUGAGGCUGUUCCAGUGUUCUUAUCAGAGAUAGCACCAGUCCAACACAGAGGGGCAGUCAACAUUCUCUUCCAACUAUUUGUCACAAUUGGAAUUCUCAUAGCUGGCAUUGUCAACUAUUUCACUUCCACCCUCCACCCAAUUAGAUGGAGGGUCUCCUUAGCCAUAGCCGGCAUUCCCGGCCUUGUCCUUUUCUUCGGCUCCAUGAUUCUCACCGAAACACCGGCUAGCCUUAUCGAACGAGGCAAGGACACUAAAGGCAAAGCAGCACUCAAGAAAAUCCGAGGCGUGGACAACGUGGAUGAUGAGUAUGAAGAAGUGAAAAGGGCAUGUGAGAUAGCCAAGGAAGUGAAGCAACCUUUCAAGAAACUGAUGAAGCGCUCGAGCGUGCCACCACUAGUCAUAGGAAUUAUGUUGCAGAUAUUUCAGCAGAUGACUGGGAUUAAUGCGAUUAUGUUUUAUGCACCGGUUCUGUUUCAGACCAUGGGGUUCAAGAACGAUGCUUCGUUGUUGUCUGCGGUGAUUACUGGGACAGUGAAUGUGGCAAGUACUUUUGUUUCAAUCUAUCUUGUUGAUAAGAUUGGAAGAGGAAAGUUGCUUCUCCAAGCCUGUGUCCAAAUGUUCAUUUGCCAGGUAUCAAUUGGUGCAAUUCUACUGACUCACUUGAAUACUACUGGGACAAUGGACAAAGGACUCGCUGUGGUUGUGGUGGUGCUGGUGUGCUUGUAUGUUAUGUGCUUUGCAUGGUCAUGGGGACCUCUUGGUUGGCUGAUUCCUAGCGAAACCUUCCCUCUCGAGACUAGAACUUCAGGCUUUGCUUUCGCUGUCAGCUCCAACAUGUUGAUGACUUUCCUUGUGGCUCAAGCUUUCUUAUCGAUGCUCUGUCACAUGCGAGCCUUCAUAUUCUUUUUCUUCUCGGCUUGGAUUUUGGUCAUGGGAUUGUUUGUGGUGUUCCUGGUGCCGGAAACGAAGGGCGUUCCAAUCGAUUCCAUUGUGGAAAGGGUGUGGAAGCAGCAUUCGGUGUGGAAGAAGUUCAUGGAUGAUGACGGUCUAAAGAGCCAGGAGAUGGUCUGAUCGUGACACACCUAUUAAAACCGAUUGUUGAUGCGAACAUGAUUUUCUUCCCCUUUUUUGGGGAAUUGUUUUUAGUGUUUUCAUGGAGUUUGUUAACUGUUUUGGAAGAUAU